AUAUGACACGGAAUUAUUCCCCCACUCACAUUGUUAUUCAAACGGCCCAAAAUCGACAACUUACUCCCAUCCUCAGAAGUAUGCACCGCAAUCGGCAUCGUCGUUGUCAUCCUCCGGCUCCCUCCGCAUUCAGACCUAAAGCCUACAACGGCCGCAACCCACCAUGCUCCGUCAACAGGAACGAGCACAAUCCCCUCCUCGUCCUUAUCCACAAGCACACCUCCAUAUGGAUCAAACACCCGCGUGCGUGUGGGGAAGAGGGUCUUGGCUGGUGA